CUUCUUGAGUAACUCGAGCUGCACGUUAACUCCCAGGAAUACUUCCCCAGACCGAGGAGUCAAGAAAAAAACAAGACUUCUGAAUAUCUGUUUUCAAAAGGCUCACAUCUGGGUGCCUCUCCUCUUCCUCACGGCUUUGCUGGUACUAGCUCGGCAACAUGGCUCUGAGCAUCCGAGACCUUCUCACCCAAACCCUGGAGGAUUUGCUGGAGAACGAAUUCAGGAAGUUUAAAUGGAAACUCUGUGAAAUUCCCCUCUGGGCCUCGCCCAGAGGCCAAGGUGGUGCUGCCAGCAUCCCCCGGGGGGUCCUGGAGAAGGCUGACCCGCUGACCACCACCGAGCUCAUCCUGAGCUACUGUGGUUCCAGCUCGGCCCUGGACGUGGCGGCAAGAGUCCUGGAGAAUAUCCAACAGAGGGAGCUGAGCAACAGGCUCCGGGAGAGAGUCCCAGAGACCCAGUGCUCCCCAGCCAGCCUGAUUUCCAGCUUGAGUCUCCAAAAGAGGACAAGCAGAGCGAGUGCCUCUUUCUCAGAAGCAGCAGUGGCUCCCGACGCCCGGCAGAGGUCCAGAGGCAAAAAGAGAGCAAGUUGGAAGAUCUCCCAGGAGAUGUACCGCUCAGAGAUCCGGCACAAGUACGAGCGCGUGAAGGACUACAACUCCCUGCCGGGGGCCUGGCGCUCCCUGGAGCAGCACUACGUGGCCCCGCUGAUCAUCCGCCGGUGCCGCCCGGCCAGCGAGCGGGAGCCAGAGCUGCUGUCCAAGGGCCCGAGACACCUGGAGCUGCUGCGGCUCUGCGGCGAGGGCGGCUCGGACCGGGUCCACCUGGACCACCUCCUGGAUGGCCCCGGGGGCCGCCGGCCCCUCACCGUCGUGCUGCAGGGGGCGGCCGGCAUCGGCAAGAGCUACACGGCCCACAAGAUCAUGCUGGCCUGGGCCUCCCAGCGGCUCUACCACGACCGCUUCGACUGGGUCUUCCUCUUCAACUGCCGCGAGCUGGGGGUCGAGCCGCGCCCGCGCAGCCUGGUGGACCUCGUUCUGUCCGACUGCCCGGCCCUCGGCCCCCACGUGGGCCAGAUCUUCUCCUCCCCGCAGAGGCUCCUGUUCCUGCUGGAUGGCUUUGACGAGCUGCAGCUGCCCCGCUCUCUGGAGGACGACGAGAGGGGGGCGGAGGAGGAGGGAGAGGAGGAGGAAGGGCAGGAGGAGGAGGCGGCGGCAUCGGCUGGAUGGCGCCGGGCCGGGGCGGCGGUCCGCCGGCGCCGUCCCGCCGCCGCCACGGUCAGACUUCUGUUGCGGCAGCGGCUGCUCCCGGGCUGCCUGGUGGUGGUGACCACCCGCCCCUCGGCCCUGGAGCAGGUGGAGGGCUGCAUCCGGGCCGACGUCCACCUGGAGGUGCUGGGCUUCCUGGAGCCCGAGCGCCAGGCCUUCUUCACCAGGUUCUUCGGCGACGCCAAACGGGGCCGGGAAGCCUACGAGGCCGUGCAGGGCAACGAGGCCUUGUCCACCAUGUGCUUCGUGCCCUUGGUGUGCUGGAUCGUGUGCACCGUGCUGCACAAGCAGCUGGAAAAGGGGCAGGGCCUGGAUGGGCUCCAGACCACCACCCAGGUCUUCCUGCACUUCCUGAGCAUCCUGCUGCGGUUCCACCGCCGGCGGGGAGCCAGGGCGCCCGCCGACUCCCUCCUGGAGCAGCUGGGGACCCUGGCGGUCCACGGCCUCAUGGCCCGCAAGGUCAUCUUUGACCAAGAGGACCUGGAGGCCCACGGGCUGCCCGCCGCCGCCCCGCCCACCAUCUUCCUGAGCGCCGUCCUCCGCCAGGGGGUGACGGUGGAGACCGUCUACAGCUUCGGCCACGUGAUGCUCCAGGAGGUCUUCGCCGCCAUCUUCUGCUUCUUGCCAGGCCGGGGGGCUCGGCCUGAGCUGGGGCUCGCCCACCUCCUGGAGGCGGGCCUGCAGGCGGAGAACGGCCACCUGCUCCAGACCAUCCGUUUCCUCUUCGGCCUCAGCCACCCGCAGUGCCAGGCCAUGCUGAGGCAGCUCCUGCCCCACCGGGCCGCCCUCACGCCCUCUCCGGAGGGGGCCCUGCUGAGCUGGGUGCAGCGUUCGGCCGAGUCUCCCCGGGCCGAGGAUCCUCGCUUCCUGUUGGAGCUCCUGCACUGCCUGUACGAGUGGCACUGCGAUGGCCUGGUGGGCCGGGUGGCCAGCGAACUCAACAUCCGCUUCCUUCUCUUCCCCCUCAAACGGAGUGACUGUCUGGCCCUGGCCUAUUGCUUGGGCUGCUGCGCUUCCGUCAGCUGCCUGCACCUCUACUCCUGCGGCCUGGACCAAGGGGAUAUCCGCCUGCUGCUGCCUGCCCUCGGCAAGUGUCAGGCCCUGCAUCUGGGCCUCAGCGAUAUCCCCUCCGGCCUCAUGCAGGAGAUCGGGCGCAGCUUCUCCCCCAAGCAGAGUGUCACCAGCCUUCUCCUGCAAGGUCUUGGUUCCAACCACUCCAACAGCCAGAAGGAAACGGUGUUCAAGGUCUCUGCUCUGUGGGGCUCUGAGCCAUGCAGCCUGAGGGUCAAUAACGUGGACAAAGAGACCACUCUGGAGUUCUGCUUCUGGGCCGUCCCCGCCCACCGGCCCCGUGAGGUCACUCUGCAGGGGACUCAACUCUGCGAGUCCAGCUUCCGUCAGAUCUGUAGACUGCUCCGCUUCUCCUACAGCAAACUGGAGUCGCUCAGGAUCUCUGGGAAUCUCCUCACCAAGGGCUGUAUUCCACACCUCGAAUUGCUUGUCAGGGCCAACACGGGUCUGACCCACCUGGACCUGAGUGGGAACAGCCUGGGAGAUGAAGCGGUCGUCCUUCUAUGUGCCCACCUGGGGGCUGCUGCCGGGCAGCUCCGCAACCUCAGUCUGGUGGAGAACGGGCUCACACAAGAGUGUGUCCCUGCCUUAUCGUCCCUGCUGCCCAAACUGCCAGCCCUGACCUGCCUCAAGCUUGGCUUCAACUCUCUGGGCGACCCAGGCCUCCUAAUUCUGGCACCAGCCCUGAGCGAUCCGACCUGCGGCCUGCUCAAACUGGACCUGGAAGCCAACGGCCUUACAGAUGCCUGCAUGCCCACCCUGGCUCAGGCCCUGGCUCAGAAUCAGACCCUGGAGGCGUUGAUCCUCAAUGGCAACAAGCUGAGCAAUCUUAGCAUCCCCCACCUGGACGUCAUCUGGAGGGAGGCCACCCACCUCUGCCGGCUUGAGCUCCUGUUUAACCAGCUUCCCUCAACUACUAGGAGCCGCUACUCCAUGUAUUUUAAUCCUUGGGGCAAGAAGCCCUGGGAGCCAGACGUGGUCGGCGAGGCUACAGGCGGAGAAGCCCCAGAAGACGAGACCGCUAAGUGAUGGGUGCUGGGACGCCGCCCGGGCCAGGUUGGUCCCUUCCACGCAGCAGAGGGCUGUGUGACCAAGGGCCGGGUCCUGGCUCUGUGACCCAUCUGUUGUCGAACAGCUGGUCGGCCCCUUGCUCCACGCUGCCUCCAUUUCCUCAAGGGAGGCUGGGCUCCAGUUAGUGGAAUGUGGAGAGGGAGGGAGGGAGGACGGGCCUACUACCUUCCCCAAGAACGCUGGGCUCUGGAAAAGCACAGGGCCGCCGCACCCAGGCCAUCACAACCGCAGAAGGUACAGAAAGGGAGAAGGGUUGAUUUGUGCCUGCGAUCGGCCCGUGGGGUCGAGCACUGACUGCCUUCCCCUCCCCCCGCCCAUAUCUAACUCCAGGAGUCAUCACCAUCAACUUUAUUUAGAAAAAAUAAAAGGCAAAGGGAAGGAUGGGGGAGAGCUGGCUACACAUUCCACUUUAAUACAUAAAAAAAAUAGACGCA